AUGAGCGCGGUGAAGCCGGACCUCGCGCCCGAGAAGGCGUCAGAGGCGCCACUGAACGAGUCUAGCGGAGCGGAGAGUCCUUCAGAGAUCGAGAUUGGAGAGGAGGCAGUGAACGAGAAGGCAUUGCUACGGAAGCUGGACGCAAAGCUUCUGCCUGCGGUCGGAAUCCUAUACCUGCUUUCUUUCCUCGACCGAUCCAACGCUGGAAAUGAGUAUCUCACCGGUCUCACCCUGUACUUCAUCGGAUAUGUUCUUUUCGAAAUCCCAUGCAACAUCAUCCUGAAGAGAACGACCCCUCGCUUCUGGCUUCCCACUCUCACCAUUGCUUGGGGUGUUGUUGCUACUCUGAUGGGUAUCUGCACCAACAUGGCCGGUUUCUUUGUCGCUAGGUUCUUCCUUGGCGUUACGGAAAGUGGUCUUUUCCCUGGAGUUGUCUUCUACUUUUCCAUGUGGUAUCGGCGUCGCGAGCGGCAAUAUCGCAUUUCCCUCUUCUUCAGUGCUGCUUCUCUUGCAGGUGCUUUCGGUGGUAUCCUCGCAUGGGAAGGUAUUGCUACCGUCCUCAUUGCCGUCGCCGCGUAUUGGUUCAUCCAGAACUACCCCGACACUGCUCAAUUCGUCUCUGACAAGGAGCGUCGUUUCAUCCGCGCCCGACUGGCUGCCGAUAGCGAUGCCACUCACGAUGAGCGCUUCACGUGGGCCUACGUGUUGGACGCUCUGAAGGACCCGAAGUGUUGGUUGUACGGUCUGGGCUUUCACACCAUGAGCCUGCCCCUCUACACAUUUUCUCUGUUUUUGCCUACCAUUAUCAAGAACCUCGGAUACACUGCUGCGAAGGCGCAGUUGCUCACGAUUCCACCUUACGCUCUUGCCUUUGCUACGACAUUGACCGUCGCAAUCUACUCCGAACGAACCGGUCGCAGAGCGUUCUUCAUCAUGGGAUCCUCCGCUUUCGCAGCCAUCGGCUACAUCAUCCUCCUUGCCAACACCGACCCCGCGGGGAAGCCUGGUGUGUCAUACCUCGGAACCUUCUUUGCCGCCGGUGGCAUUUACCCUGCUACUGCCCUGGUCCUCUCAUGGCCUGCCAUCAACGUCUCUGGCCAGACCAAGCGCGCCGUGGGCAAUGCCAUGCAGAUCACCAUUGGCAACCUCGGCGCGGUGAUGGGCACUCAGCUGUAUCGCUCAAAUGAUGGCCCGCGGUACAUUGUCGGUCACUCUCUGGCUUUGGCAUACCUGAUCGCCAACAUUGCGGUUUGUGCUGUCUUGUACUUCGUUCUCAAGGGAGAAAACAAGAGGCGCGAAGCGAUUGCGGAGGAAGUCAAUGCUAUUGGAGACUUGAGCGACUGGCCUGGCGACAAAGACCCUAGAUGGCGUUUCCAGUACUAA